AUGGGCGUUUGUGAGCAGGAAAAGAUAAAGGACCAUCUGGGUAACUUUGUGAAUAUUAUGGAGAUCAACCCAAGGAGGGACUUAAUCGAGGCGUUGGUGCAUUUCUGGGAUCCUAAUAACAAUGUGUUCCGUUUUAAUGGUUUCGAAAUGACUCCCACUUUGGAGGAGUUAGCUGGAUACACAAAGUUAGGAGAUGAGCUUCGGAAGAAGAGACCCUUGGCCCCGAGGGAUGUCACUGGCAGUAAGUAUGGGUGUCCGGGUGGAUUUUCAAAGCACGGGAAAGAGCUUGAUAAUAAAAUUGGAUACAAAGCUUGGCAAAGCCAUAGGCGGAGAGCAUUCCUAGUGGCAUUUCUAGGGACGAUGGUUUUCCCAAGUCAUGACAAAAAUAUUGAUAUUCGAUUAUCUGGCAUGGUUACCUCUUUAUUGCAUGGAAAGGAUGUCACUAUCAUUCCUAUGGUAUUGUCAGAUAUUUACUGUGCCCUAACAAAAUGUCAGGAAGGGAAAGAUUUCUUUGAGGGAUGUAACAUCAUACUCCAGAUAUGGUUUUUAGAGCACCUUCUCCUUCACCCCGUACGGGUCAACUUUAGCGUCCAUUGGUGCAACAAUGACCUUGAAGAUAGCUCUAAAGUUUUGACCGAAGAUAGUAGCUUCCCCAAGGGCGUCGAAGCAUGGAGAGGGUAUCUUCAAAAGUUGACUGCUACUGGAAUCACAUGGAAAUACCACUCAUUCUCAACAAAAAAGGUCAUAUACAGGUCUUACCACCAUUCGUUUUUGAUUUUGAUAGGUCUUCGGGGUUUUCAGCCGUAUGUUCCUAUGAGAGACCUACGCCAAUUAGGUCGAAAACAAGUCGUGCCCACAAUGGAGCACAUGCAAAGAUUCAUGUGGGAGGUGACAUCGGAGGAUCCUGUUCGUGAGGCUUAUUCUAAGCAAGUUUUGGAUGAAAUUAAGGUGCUUGAAUUUCACACUAUGAUAGAAGAUCAAGAUCAAGGAGAGUUAGACCCCGCAUAUUUUGAGUGGUUCUAUGACCAAGAUGCUUUUGGAUCUAGGCAAGAGACAAUUCUGAAGAGCACGACUGAAUGGGAGACUGAAAUUAGAACAAGAUAUACUGAGUUUAAAGAGGAGAAAACCAGAUUAAUACAUGAGGUUCAAGCGCUUCAAGCACAACUUCGACAAGCGAGAAUAGAAGCUGCUACUCAGCAACAAGCAGCCAUUCCAAAGCACGAAGAAAUGCAUUACAACCUUAUCAUCCAUGAUCUAAGGGCUCGGGCCAGGGCUGCAGAAUCAAGUAAGAACCAGCUAGAGAAUGAGCUAGCAAGGGUCCAGAACCAGCUGAAUCUGGCAUCACAACGCGAGGCAGAUAUAUCAGACAUAGCCAACAACCAUGAGCGACAGAUCCAGUUUUUAAGUCAGAGCCAGGAGCAUGUUAGAAGGAGGGUCUAUCAGGUGGCUACUUAUACCGCUCGAAGGUGUGUGACUUGUCAGGGUUUGACCCGAGAGUAA